AUGGGGAAGCCCAAAGCCAGGCCUGCCACACGGCAGGCUGGCAAGGGGAAGGCAUCUCGUACUCAACCAGGAUCCAACAAAGCCGCCCGUCCAGCCAGCGGGGAGGAGGCGGGGUGGGAGGCGUUACCGGCCCCCAUUGGUGCUGCGGACGGAGGGGCAAAGGAAACCGAUGGAGCGGAGAUUGAGCUGGCUGCUGCUGUGCUACCCAGAAUGACGACGACGGUGGCGAGGAAGUCUGUGGCUGCUGAUGCUGUUGUGCCUGCAGUGGAGAGGGCUGCUGUCUUGGUGUCUGCUGGCGUUUCUGCCGCUGCCUUUGACGCCGGCUCAAUCGCGGAGGUGGCACUGUCCACGUCCUUGGCACCGGUGACGCCAGCUGCGCUGGCGGCAGUGGUGUCUGCUGCGACUGGGGAGCAUGGUGACGCUCCGACGGCAGAAGGCGCGACGACUGCCGUUGCGUGCGCCGAAAUGCCUACUGCUGCCGCGGCCGCAAGCAGGCAGGAGCACGGCCAGGCGGUGGGAGAGUUUCCAGGACCUGCGAACGGCGAUUCCUCCAGCGCUGCACGGGCGAAGUCGAAGAAGAAUCUACGGGCCCAGCCAGCGCCAAGACGGCCCGGAGCAGGGCUGGGACCUGGCUCCCCGGGACCCCUCCUGGGCUGGCUUCUGCAAGGGCAACCGCCAUCAGAGCGAGCGCAUCGGUCGUCAUCUGCGCACAUGCAAGAGGCACGAGGGGUUUCUGGACUCAAUGAGGCGGCAAUAGAGACGACGGCAACCCGCCAUGCAGAGCAGCCGGCUCCAAACCAGGACAAUGAAACGCACAUGCACUCACCGCCAGGCCCAGUCGCUCCAGCCGCGGAAGCCGUCGCCACUUGUCGCUCGGCUCGGUUGGGAGCUGUCACGUGGGGUCCACCAAGGGGUGGCCGUACCCCGUGGAUGCCGGCGGGGAGAGCGGGACUGGAAGCGACGGCUCGGCCAGCGCCGGCAGCAGGCCGGGGUUUCCGCGGUAUGGGCCGCGGGAGGCGAGGGGGAGGGCGCGGGGGUGUCGCUCGCCUGGGGGGAGCCGAGAUCCAAGCACGAACUAGCCCUUGGCAGGAGCGUCACGACUGCCCGGAGGUUUUGGAGGCCGCAGCCAAUAGGGAAGAAGUUGGAUCUGCUGAGGACACAGGGGAUCCUGAGUUUAUGUGUGGAGAGGAGGCUGGCCCAGAGUCCGAAGAGAUUUCUUUGGAUAACGAGGAGAAAGUGGGAAGAGGCCGGAAUCGAGUGAGAGGAGCGGGAGAGGGAGUGGACGAAGUGACAUCCCAGGCUGAAGGAGUGCCUCUACCAGGUGCCACGGUCACCAACAAAGUAAAAUCGCCGGCCACCCUGGCAGAGGAUGACGCCAUCUGGCAGGCAGCAGGAACGUGGACUCUGGAUCUCCUUCAACGGAUGAACCAACCUUUCCUAGUCAGACGACUACCACCUCAAGUGUUGGACAAAUCUUGCCUGUGUCUCCUCGCACCUCUCCUGCGGCUGUCGACAAACCCAGAAUGCCCAGCGGCGAUCCAGCUAAUACUACUCAGCAUGGCCACGAGCGUACCGGAGGUGGCAAUAGUGGCUUAUGCUAACGACAUCACCAUCGUCGGGCCUCGCGAGGCAGCGUGCAUGGCAUUCAACAUGGUCGUCACGGAGCUGGCCUCAUGUGGAUUACGGUGCAACCUUACCAAGUCGGCGGCAUGGUGUGCGGUGUGGGAGGAAGGGGGAGAUGGCCUGCCACGCGGUCUCCCUAUCCACCCAGGCGGUUUGAAAGUGUUGGGCAGCCCGGUCGGCAGCGACGCCUUCUGCACCGACCAGGUUGGGGCGACGCUUGCGGAGGCGGCUGCGCCGCUCUAUCUCAUCUCCCAACUCAACCUGUAG